AUGGGCAUCUUUGAUUUUCGCUUGUCUUACCAGUGGCUCUACUGGACCGCGCCAACUGGAGAAGCCCCGGCGCCCCCCAAAGGUCUCACGCGACAUUGGAUUAAUACACCAUCAGGCAGGAUCGAGGUCCUUUCAAAUCAGGGCUCGAAUCCGACGACGGGGAAAACGCCCAUAUUCUUUAUCCAUGGCGGCAUGGGAAGCGCGUGGGUGUGGGCCGAGUACAUGCAGUACUUCGCGAAGCACGACAUCCCUUGUUACGCCGUCUCCAUGCGCGGCCACGGCAACAGCUGGCACCCUUCGUAUCUGAGGAUGGUGUACUUCACCACGAGGAGAAACCUGACAGACGAUGCCCUUGCUGCGCUUAAAUGGGUGCAGGAGCGGCAGGGCAGCGAGGUUCUGCUCGUGGGACAUUCGAGCGGUGGUGGUCUCAGCCAGGGUAUACUGUCUGAUGGGCAAGCCCACGUCAAGGGCCUUGCACUUCUUGGUGCCGUCCCAGGUUUUGGCUCAUACGGAGUCUACGCGAACUGGGCAAUGUUCGACCCUUGGUUCUCCGUUCGCAUGCUGUUCCACGGAUGGCACCCGAACUCGCCUCUCUCCCACCCCUUCCUGGUCAAACAAGCAUUCUUUGGAGACCAGAUGACGGAAGCUGGAGUUAUCAACUUCCAAAAACAUGUUAACCGUUAUGAGUCAUUCCUCUGGCCCAUCAGCAUGAUGAAGCCCUUCACCAAUGCCACCAACCUCAUUGGCUCAGUUGGCGAUUGGGGCAGCAGCGACCGCAUCUUGAUCCUGACUGGUGUGCAGGAUAAGAUGAUGACUCACGGCGUUAUGUCGAAGCUCGCUGCGACUUACAGAAAUGCGGUUGCUGAGCAGGCAGGCAGCAAAAAGCUUGACGUCAAGGUACGCGAGGUUAAACCUCUUGCGGGCGAGGGCGACAAGGAUGAUGAGGGCAGUGGUGGUCAUGGCAGCCUCCAUGCAAUCUACGCCGCCAUCGCCGCCUCCUGCGAUGCCCGCGGCUGGGAUGGCGUCGACAUCCUCAUCAUCGGCGGCGACUUCCAGGCCGCCCGCAACGCCGCCGACCUCUCCGUCAUGUCCGUCCCCUUGAAGUACCGCGCACUAGGCGACUUCUGGGAGUACUACGCCGGCAUCCGCGAGGCGCCCUACCUUACCGUCUUCGCUGCGGGCAACCACGAAGCCUCGGCGCACCUGUGGGAGCUCUACUACGGCGGCUGGGUGGCGCCCAACAUUUACUAUCUCGGCGCCGCCAACGUCGUACGGCUGGGACCGCUCCGCAUCGCGGCGAUGAGCGGCAUUUGGAAGGGGUUCGACUACCGCAAGACGCACCAUGAGAGGUUACCGAUGGGCCAUGACGAGAUCAAGAGCUUUUACCACGUCAGAGAGGUGGACGUGCGAAAACUGCUGCUUUUGAGAGAGCAGGUUGACAUCGGCCUCAGUCAUGACUGGCCUAGGGCCAUCGAGAAGUGGGGCAACCAGAAGGCUCUAUGGGGGAUGAAGCCUGCUUUCAAGAGGGAAUCAGAGGAAGGUACCCUGGGGAAUGUCGCCGCCGAGUAUGUCUGUGACCGGUUGAGGCCGCCGUAUUGGUUCUCGGCGCAUAUGCAUUGCAAGUUUUCCGCGUUGAAGAUUUACAAAGAUGAGGAUGGAGCAAAGGAUGCGGGUGUGAAGGCUGAGCCCAGCACUGCUGCUCCGGCGCCUGAGCCUGUUGCUGCCCCAGAGGGAAACCCCGACGAGAUUGACUUGGAUGGUGACGAAGAGGUUACCGACGCCCCUCCUGCUGCUGCUGUUCAGACGAAUCCAAACGAGAUUAGUCUCGACGACGACGACGUCGAGCCAGCCGCCACGCAAACGACGACGUCGGAGUCUACGAACAAGAACACAGUCCCAGAAGAGUUGCGUGCCCAACUUCCCGCCUCGUUCGCCCGUCCUCAGCAGCAACCAAAGAGAACGCCAGGCCAGCCCGUCCCGUCCACCAUCACAAACAAACAGGUCAACUUCCUGGCUCUGGACAAGUGCCUCCCAGGCCGCCACUUUCUCCAGCUUCUCGAAAUCCAACCCCACAACGUCCUCCCAGCCGAUCAACCCGCGCCGACGCGUCCGUUCCGCCUCCAGUACGACCCCGAAUGGCUCGCCAUCACGCGAGUCUUCCAUCCCACCCUCAAGAUCGGAGACCCGUCCGCGCAACCGCCGCCGGACCUGGGCGAGGAACACUAUGUGCCGCUCAUCGACGCCGAGCGCAAGUGGGUCGAGGAGAACGUCGUGGCAAAGGACAAAUUGGACGUCCCGCUCAACUUUGAGAUUACGGCACCUCCUUAUGCGGAGGGCGGCCCCGUCUCAGUACCUGACCAGCCGUUCGAGUACACCAACCCGCAGACGGCGGCUCUCUGUGAGCUGCUCGAGAUUGAAAACAUUUGGGACGCAAGCGAAGAGGAGAGGCUGGAGAGGAAAGCCAGAGGACCGCCUGCUGGGAACUUUAGGGGAAACCGCGGCGGCGGUAGGGGCUUUCACAGAGGUGGGCGCGGCGGUCGAGGGGAUAGAGGCGGCGGGAGGGGAGGUGGAAGAGGCAGAGGAAGAGGCUGGCACUAA